CCGGCAUUCCCAGCAUUCCGAGCGCUGUUCCCACACAGGGCCAUGGCUCGGCUCUGUGGGCCGCGGCUGCCGCCGAUCGUCCGGAGCCUCAUCCCGGAGCUGGGCAGCGCCUUCGAGUGCCACAGGGUGACCAGCGCCGCCUUCCUGGCCGAGCUCCUCAACCACAAGGUGGUGAACGACCUGAUGCUGCUGGAGCCGCUCCUGGAUGCUCUGACGGCUCUGGAAAAGGAUUCCUGCCUCCUGGUGCGGGUGCUGGCGCUCCGGGGGCUCGGCAAUGUGGCCUCGGGAUCCCCGGAAAAGAUCCGGCGUCACGGCUCGCAGCUCGUGGCCUCCAUGGUGAGCGCCAUGGACGACAAGGACGAUCCCAACAAUCUGCUGGCCCUGGAGGCCAUGUCCAGCCUCUCCAGGAUCCUGGAUCACCUGGAGGAGCGGGACGUGCACGCCGCGCUGCUCCGCGUCGCCAUCCGCAUCCGGCCCUUCUUCGACAGCGAAGACCCCGCCCUGCGUCGCUCCUCCAUCGUCCUUUUCGGGAAUCUUUCCCGCUUCGGCCGCUCCGACUCCGAGGUUUUCUCGGAGCAGAUCCUGAACGGGCUCGUGACGCUCCUGCUGCACCUGCAGGACCCCCAGCCCCACGUGGUCAAGGCGUGCAAGUUCGCCCUGCGGAUGUGCGGGCCCAGCCUGGGCUGCGAGGAGCUCCGGGAAAUGUUUGGGAAUCACCUGCGGGAGGAGCGGGGGCUGCACUACGGGGAGUUCAUCAACGACGCCUGCAAAUUCCUGAUGCGCAGCCACCCCUCCCUGCUGAGCCGCCUCCUCUCCACCAACCUCUUCUACUUCAAGAGCCCCUGGCAGGAGCUGCGCGCCGCGGCCGCCAUGUUUGUCGGAUUCCUGGUGCUGCACAUGGACGAGGAGCAAGGGCAGCAGGUGGACCUGGACGAGCUCAUCUCUGCCCUGAAGCUGCUCCUGAAGGAUCCGGUUCCGGCCGUGAGGAUCAAGGUGGCCGAGACCCUGGGACGCCUCGUCCGCCUCCUCUGAAUCCCAGAAUUCCCAAAAUUCCCGGAAUUCCUGGGAAUUCCCAGCUCCGAGACCCUGGGACGCCUCGUCCGCCUCCUCUGAAUCCCAGAAUUCCCAAAAUUCCCGGAAUUCCUGGGAAUUCCCAGCUCCGAGACCCUGGGACGCCUCCUCUGAAUCCCAGAAUUCCCAAAAUUCCUGGGAAUUCCUGGGAAUUUCCAGCUCCGAGACCCUGGGACGCCUCCUCUGAAUCCCAGAAUUCCCAAAAUUCCUGGGAAUUCCUGGAUCUGCUCAGCAAUACCCCGGGGGACCCCAAUCCAUGGGAAAAGUCUUCCUGCACCUUCUUCCCGGACACGGAGCAAAAAAAGUGGGAGAAGGGCUGGGAUUUGGGAUCAGAGACGAUCCCACCCCUCCGGCUGCU